AUGGAUUACUAUUUUGGAAACCCUAAUCCGAACCCUUGUAACCGUCACUCUGCCGUAUUAAAUAUGGCUUCUCCCUUCUCCGAGUUCAUGUUAUCUGAUUAUCUCAUGCUCGAUGAUGUUGUUGAUCAUCAAGAGUCUUGGUCCCAAAGUACAGAAACUGAAUCAUCCGAGAAAGCAGCUUCCAGCGAUGCCAGACACGGUGAUGCAACCUCCACCACCACCAACAUGCAAGUAAAAUGCAAAAAUAGUGGGAUUAGGCGAAAGAAGGUAGAAGUUAGCCAAAGGGUCACGUUUAGGACCAGAUCGCAGCUUGAGAAUAUGGAUGAUGGAUAUAAGUGGAGGAAAUACGGCAAGAAGUCAGUGAAGAACACUCCAUACCCAAGGAACUACUACAAGUGUUCAGGUGAAGGAUGCGAUGUGAAGAAAAGGGUGGAAAGGGAUAGGGAAGAUUCAAGCUAUGUGUUAACGACAUAUGAUGGUGUGCACAAUCAUGAGACCCCCAGUACUGCGUACUACAGCCAAAUGUCCUUGAUGCAUUCUAGUGAUUGGGCGCUGCAGCCUUCUGUAAACUCAUCCUCUAUUUCCUAG